AACACUCUAUCGAAAUGUUAGUCGUAUCCGUUUUUAAAAUAUUCGAAACACCUCCAUUCCUAAAAAAUUUAAAUGUUCCAUAGUUUUUAUUAAAUUAGCAGUAUACUCACAUAUAAAAUUCUGUUGUAGAAAUCACAGACCAAGCCAGAAACAUAUCGUGCAUCUCAUCCCAUUCGGAAUCUCUUCUGGCGGCCACAUGGAUGUGCUCUCUAUAACGCAGAAGGUGCUCGUACGCCGUACGGAUGGACGGGUCCAUCAGGCGAGUAUCAUCAAGCUGGAUGGCGGCAUCAACAACUCUGUGACCGUGGAGUGGCCCGAGGGCGAUUGUACGCGAGGCAAGGAGAUUGCACUGAGCCAGAUUAUCGAAUUGAAUCCGGAUAUCUUUGCGGUACAGCGAAAAGGGCACAUGGCAGGAACAGGAACAGGAAUGGUGUCCAUUCCGCCCAGAGCUACCACAGUGAGCGCUACCAGAAUGUGGAACAUCCUGAUGCAACGUCUGCCGGCUGGCAGCUCACCGAUUUCCAUGCGCCGUCUGAAGGUGGGAAGUGCCACGCCCAGGCAGCGGUCGCCCAGCCGGCAGGAGCGGCAUCAGCAGCGGGAAGUUCGGGGCGGAUCUGAUCGAUGUGACUCCAACUGGGACACUGCCAGGAUGAUUCGCUUUUAUCGAAUGCAGAUGGAGAGCCGGCCGCUGGAGGAUCUGGGCUUUCCGGGACCCCUCAAGCGGCACGGUAUCGUGGUGUGUGUGCGAAAGCGCCCCCUUAGCCGGAAGGAGCUGGCCGAGCGCGAGCUGGACGUGAUCAGCAUGCCCCGUGCGGACAUGCUGGUGGCGCACUCGCCGCGCCGGCACGUGAACCUUGUGCGAUUCCUUGAGAACCACAACUUCCGCUUCGACUAUACCUUCGACGAGGCCUGCUCGAACGCCACCGUCUACAACUACACUGCCCGCCCCCUGAUCCGGCACAUCUUCGAAGGCGGAAUGGCCACGUGCUUCGCUUACGGCCAGACCGGGAGCGGCAAGACCCACACCAUGGGGGGAGAGUUCACGGGAAAGCAGCAGAACGGAAUGGACGGCAUCUAUGCGAGGGCGGCCGCCGAUGUGUUCAGCACUUUGCAGGAGCCGUCGAAUGCCAGCCUGGGACUGAAGGUGGCCUGCAGCUUUUUCGAGAUCUACGGAUCGCGGAUCUACGACCUGUUGACACCGGGCAAGGAGCAGCUUCGCGUCCUCGAGGAUGGCCACCAGCAGGUCCAGGUGGUGGGUCUCGCCGAGAGGCCAGCGUGCAGCACCGCCGAUGUCCUGGCGCUUCUAGAGCUGGGCAACUGUGCACGCACCUCGGGCCAGACCUCGGCCAACUCCAAGUCCUCUCGCUCCCACGCCAUAUUCCAGAUUGUUCUGCGUACCGUCGAGACGUACCGUCUGCAUGGAAAGCUAUCGCUGAUCGAUCUGGCGGGGAACGAGCGGGGGGCGGACAACUCCAGUGCGGAUCGCAGGACCCGCCUGGAAGGCGCCGAGAUCAACAAGUCCCUGCUGGUGCUCAAGGAGUGCAUCAGGGCCCUGGGUCGCCAAGCGGCCCACAUUCCAUUUCGCGGCUGCAAGCUAACCCAGGUGCUGCGCGACUCCUUCAUCGGAAAGAAGGUAAAGACCUGCAUGAUAGCGACGAUCUCGCCGGGUCUGCGCUGCGUGGAGCACACACUGAACACCCUCCGCUAUGCGGAUCGGGUCAAGGAGCUCACGGCGCAGACCGUGUCCCCAAAGCGUUUGGUGCGAUCCAAUUCGUUGGAGGCUGCCACGUCCAUGUCGGGUACCAGCCUGCCAAUGAAUUCCCUGCCGGAUAUCAUCAGUCCGAUCCAUGCUUCGCAAUCGCUGACCAAUCUGGAAUGGUUUGUCUCCUCCACAUCCCUACGGGACGCGGAAAACCACUCGGGCCGAACGACCCGAACACGUCGAUCCUUGGAUAUGGAUACUCUGACCUACUGCCAAAAUCCCAAAGAGAACAGAAGACCCGAACGGGAACAGUUUAAUCCUCUUACUUUAUCGGAACCGGUACUGGAACCGGUACUGGAAUCGGUACUGGAACCGGAGGUGAACCGAAGGAACUUGGACGUAUUCCAAAAUGCCUCGGUGCUGAUGGCCAAAGCCAUGGACUUGGUCAACAAGUCCCAUGGGCACGAUCCAUAAAACAUGAUUUCUACAACACACACAAAUCCAUCUAUCUAAUAAUGGAUCUGAAUAAACAGUAUCAAUGGGAGUUCAAUCUUUAAAUAAGACUCGAAUUUCUCUGAGAACCC